AUGUCAUUCACUGAAAACAAAUCACAAAAAUCCAAACCUUUAGAUGCAAAUCAGAGCAGAAGUAUAGACGGCACCGUACCAUUGUUAUUGACAGUGGGAAUAGAUAACGGAGACUUACGUGAUUGGAUAAGGCGUGCGCGGAGCGACAAUUCAGGAAUGAAGAGGAUGUGGAUAGCUGGAGUCGACUGCGACGUUGCCGCGCUGAACGUCAGAAAAGUAGCAGAAUUGAUAGAAUAG